ACAAUUUAAAAUUUAUUGUUUUAAUUUUACAUAACUUUACAACACGCUUUAACCUGUACAUGAUUAAAUUUACCUAAAGGAUUGAAAUGAAAAACCGACAAAGUAAUUUUUUAUCAGCUAUUUUAGACGCAGUAUCUGUGAGUGCCAACGACGACUGUUCUCAAACAGAAAGAAACAAAAACCUUUGCAGACCUAGUGAGAUACCAAUAUAUUCCAAUCAAUGUGUUUGUCGUGAACAUCGCGAAGAACAUUGUACACCAAGUCGACUCGAAAGACUAAUUAAAUUUGCAAGAGAAAAGACUGAAGAAUUAAGCGAAGACGCGGAGCAAUACAAAAGUCAUGGAAUUAUGCAUUUAAAAAGGGGUAAAAAGCAGUUUGACUCAUUUUUAUACUAUCUUAGGAAAGAAGAGAAUGUAUUGCCUAGAGUGGGUGCAAUAACAAUAGGAGCGUUAACGGGAUUUUUAUGUGGAAUAAGAGGCAGAUAUGUUAAAAGAACCGUAUAUGCGACAACUGGAGCCCUUGGUGUGGCUGCAAUGUGUUAUCCAGAACAAGCAGCUGAAUAUACUAAAGUGGUAAUAACACAGGCAAAACAUAUAAUAAUUACAGCAUAUGAUCUCAUUAAAAAUGAGAAAAAAACUGACGUAACGAAUGGAAAUAAUAACAAUGAUGCUGAUAUUGAAAAUUCUGGUAAUAAUGCGUCAACUGUAGAAGAUCCCUUAGCUAUUAUUGCUAGGACUAGAGAUCUAGCUAUUAACAAACAAUGCCACUGUCCCAUAGGUGCUUGUCUUGGGCACCAAGAAGAGUCCAAUAAGACAGAAUAAUAAAUAUGUG